AUGUCUUUCACACACCUCGUCCGCUUCCUGGCCAAGGAUGGCCAAAUCUACUAUGGAGAUGCAAUCCUCCCAGCGGGUCAGAGUGAUAUCGCCACUGCAACCAAGGCGAGAGUCAUUCAAGGGGAGAUCUUCGGGGAGCACCGGGUCACCGAGCAGGUGGCAGAUGUGAAGCUGCUGCUGGCGCCCCUGGCCCGUCAAGAUAUCAAAACAGUGCGCUGCUUAGGGUUGAACUAUGAGCAACAUGCAAAGGAGUCGAAUCUCCCCAUUCCCAAAUACCCAGUGCUGUUCUACAAGCCCGUCACCUCAAUCUCCGGCCCCACGGAUGAAAUUCCAGUGCCACGGAUUGCCCAGGAAGGCGAGGGUUUGGAUUACGAGUGCGAGCUGGUGAUUGUCAUUGGGAAAGAGGCCAACGAAGUCCCCGAGCACAGGGCUCUGGAAUAUGUCCUGGGCUAUGCCGUUGGCAACGAUGUAUCCCACCGGGACUGGCAGAUCAAGCGGGGUGGGGGUCAAUGGGGGCUGGGGAAGGGCUUUGACGGAUGGGCGCCAUUCGGCCCUGGAAUCGUCUCUUCGAGUGUGAUCAAGGACCCCAAUGCUCUGCAGAUCUCGACCAAGUUGAACGGAAAGACGGUCCAAUCCUCGUCCACCAAGGACAUGAUUUUCCAUGUGGCCAAGACCAUAGCCUUCCUGUCCCAGGGAACGACACUCCAACCUGGAGACCUAAUCUUCACUGGAACGCCCCAAGGUGUGGGCAUGGGCCGCAAGCCCGCAUUGUGGCUGAAGGAUGGCGAUGAAGUCGAAGUCUCGCUCGAGGGGGUGGGAUCAUGCGUCAACCGGGUGGUCUUUGACAAGCCAAGCUCUAAGCUGUGA